UUACAAAGAACACCUACGAGCAGACCCAAAAUUCUCUUCUAAGUCAUUGGCCCAUCAACUUUAGGUGGACUUUAAAGCAAAGACAGCAGGUCAAAGCUUUGGAGAGCAAGAAGGCAUGCUUUAGGAAAAGUGAUGAAAUCUGAGGUUGAGCAGUAUGGUAAACUCAGGGAUUAUGCAGAAGGGUUGAAAAAAUUUAACCCCAACAGUAGUGUCUUUAUAGGAACUGACCAUCUAAUUUUUCAGAACAUGUAUGUAUGCAUCGAUGCAUGUAAGAGAGGCUUCUUAGCUGGUUGUAGGCCUUUAGUAGGAUUAGAUGGUUGUUUCCUUAAAGGUGGAUACAAAGCUCAACUCCUUGUAGUCGUGGGAAUUGAUCCAAAUGAUUGCAUAUUUCCCAUUGCAUAUGGAGUUGUAGAUGUUGAAAGCAAAGAAUCGUGGACCUGGUUUGUGAGGAAUUUGUCCAUCGACUUAAAUAUUGAGAAUUCAGGCUCUUGGACAUUUAUGAGCGAUAAAGAAAAGGGACUGAUUGCUGCUCUUGAUGAACUUAUGCCAAGUGCGGAGAAAAGAUUUUGUAUAAGACAUCUCUGGAAGAAUUUGUGUAAAACAACAACUAUAAAAGGUGGUCCGGAACUAAAGGAUUUGCUAUGGAAUGUAGCAAAGGCAACCUAUCCUGCAGGAGAAUGGCACUCAUGA